AUGUCGCGCGUGCAGGCCCGGACGACGCUUUUGCCCAACGGCCAAUUGGAAUUCUCCGUGUGGAGCACCGCCGGCUCCGACGAGGACGUCUCAGCCGUCAUCUUUUCCCUCCGCUCCACCCACCCGAGCCACUUUGCGCUUGUCGGGUCCGUGCUCCCCGACGGUGUUCUCCUGCCGGGCGAGAAGCGGACGCUGCUGCUGAACGUGCUGUCGGGGAGCGCCCGCCGCGACUGCGAUAUCUGCUUACCGGAGGACUCAUCGUCGUCGCGUGCUCGGCUUUCUGAGAUCGCGGAGAGUAGUUUUGGCGAAAGGCAAAGUUACACCGCUGCGGAACUGCAGACAAAAACUCAGGACCUUCACGGUCAGGUGGAACUUUCCACCGUGACGUCUGGCGCGAGAACCGGUGAUAUACACCUGGUUGGCACUCCGAAUGGCGGCGCCACCACCAACGCGGCGCUCUUGCCGGACGAUAACUCGUCCAUGUUGAGGCGGCAAGCCGGGGGAAGUCUCCCCUAUGCUUCUCACAGCCUCAGUGACAAGUUUGUGUCUUCCCACGAGUCCUCUGUAAUUACCUCGACGCGACGAUGCAGUGAAGAAUUGUCCGAUAUUGACAGUUCGUCCCACACACAGUUUGUGGUGAGCAUCCAAAACACAACUCACCAUAACUUUUUGCAAUCCCCUUACUUUUUUGUCUACUACGGGCAACUCGGCAAUGGGGACGCCUACGUCAAUAUCGCCUUGAAGUGGAUUAAACGGGAGCAGGAAAAGUACAUUCAGGGUCGAAAAAAGGCACUUAAACACCUGCAGGAAAGCGGAAAGAGUUAUGAUUACCUGCCGCCGUUGCUCGGCAAUCCAGUGCGGUGGCUCAAAAACAUGGACGGCAGCAUUAUUCGCAGCUGCAGUUUCCAACUAUAUCAACAGCCGUACAGCAAAAGUUCCGCCCGAAUGUUUGCACGCCGUCGCCAUGGCAACGGUUGUGUCAUAGUGCCAUGGCGACCUCAACACGGCGACGGCACUCCAUCUAAGGAAAUAAAAGAGGCGUCGGCGGGAGAAAUCAUCAAGGUGUCUCCCGUAACAAGCAGCUGCGGUGGCGCAAGAGGGGGGGCGGGGCGGCAGUGUGGUUCUGAGCACCUGGUUGAACGCCCUGACAGAAACGGAAACGGAUUAUCCCCCAUAUUGUCGAUUGCGAGCCCCGGUGCAUCCACCGUUUCCUAUCCACCACCCAGCAAAAUUAAUGAUGACGCCAAGGUGUCAAGCCCUGAGGGGGUGGGUUUGCAGCCGCCGGAACUGGAGGGAAGAGUCUCCUCUGACCUCCCAGCUUUCGUUAAGAUGAAGUCGUUUACGGGCUGUCACGUGCGCACUGAGACGGAGGCAACGGUGGAUAUGCUAGACCACACCGUCUGCUGCGACGAAACAUUCCUGGAGAAGCUGCAUCGGGGCAAAGAAGAGGAUAAAGUCUCACGGAGCAGCAAUGCGGAGCUCGUCGCUUCCAGCGUCAGUAAAAUUCCAGAAUCGAUGGCAUCCGCGGCGGUGCGGGUGAAGGAUGCUGUGCGCGUCUCACCAGUUUGUUCAUCAAUGUUAGAACACAUGGGAAAACGGAUGCUGCCACAUCGACUACAAGCGAGUGGGCACUGCAGGGAGAGGGUUUUGCGGCCGCAAAAUCCUUCAAGUGGGACCCGCAACGGAUAUUCGUCUUUGCCGCGAAAUGUGGCACCUUCUAGUCGUGAGAUGACUAUCUUGGAGCUAGGCGACGCCCUCUGCACGAUUGUCAUGAGGUCGGUCCCGCUGUUACAGACCGCAAUAAGUGGCACCGUAAGCACCGUCGCAAUGACAGUACAACUGCUUUGGGGGCUGAUCGAGGACUCUAUUGACAUUAUCUACGUCGUUUGUAUCUCCGUGCUCUCAGUAUUCUCGUUUUUUCUUCUCUGGUCGGCGUUUGGACCGACGGAGGGCGAAGAUGGGACGGUCAAAGUGAUGAACCUCUUUGCGUGA